UCGCGCCCGCGCGCUGAGCCCUCGGGCGUCAAGCCACCGGUGUGUUUCUAUGUCGUGCUCGGCGUGUCGCGCACGGCUUCGUCCGAGGAGAUCAAGAAGGCGCAUCGCAAGCUGAGUAUGCGGUGGCAUCCUGAUCGGGUGGCGGAGGCGGAGAAGGAGCGGGCGACGAAGAAGAUGGCGGAGAUUAACCAGGCGAAUGAUGUGUUGAGUGAUGGGGCGGCGAGAGCGUUUUAUGAUCGGACGGGG